CGCAGACUGAGGCCGUCAGUCGCUCCAGGGCCGCUAGAGGGGUCGGACAGAAAUCUAGUCAUUAAACUUAUUUUUUAUAGUUAUUUCGGAAUCGAAAGGUCAUCAUGAAAGUGUUCAUAGUUUUGACAGCAGUCACUGCACUUGCGAGUGCACAAUUCAAAUGUCCGGCUAAGGAUGGUCAGUACGAAGAUGACAGACAAUGCGACAAGUUUUAUGAAUGUACCGACGGCUUAGUAACCACGAAGCUCUGUCCAGAUGGUCUCGUGUUCGAUCCCACCAUAAGGAAGAUUAACAAAUGUGAUCAACCCUUCAAUGUAGACUGCGGCGACAGGACUGAAUUACAACCUCCCAAGCCCAAUAAUCAAUGCCCACGUCGCAACGGCUUCUUUGCUCAUCCCGACCCAGCAGUUUGCAACAUCUUCUUCAACUGCAUUGAGGGUGAAGCCACUGAAGUCAAAUGCACAGCUGGACUUCACUUCGACGAGUACUCCGGUACAUGCGUCUGGCCUGAUGCCGCUGGCAGACAAGGAUGCAACGCACAAGACAAGAAACUUAUAGACGGUUUCGAGUGCCCGAAGGAGCCUCAGGUAGAUUCCCAGGGUCUGGUUGUGGCACACCCCAAGUUCGCACACUCAACUGACUGUCAGCGUUUCUAUGUGUGCCUGAACGGGGUUGAACCCCGUGAUCUUGGUUGUCAAGUCGGCGAGGUUUACAACGAAGAGACUCAAAAAUGCGACGCCCCAGAGAAUGUUCGCGGAUGUGAGGACUGGUACAAAGAUGCGGAGGACGCGCCUGCUCCCAAAGCGAGGUCCUAAGACUCUUUAGUGAUACUCAUAAUGUAGCCUACAUUUAAGACUAAGUUAAUACAUAAGUUAAAUAAUGAA